AUGGGAAUCUGGUUCUACUGGUCCAUUGUUUUGUUGUCUCUUUUUGGGAUCCUGACUGCCUACACUUCAUUGCUGUUGGUACUUGGAUUUUUGUUGGUUUGGGAAGGGAACAAACUAUACCUGCACUGGUGCCAUAAGAUCCUGAUUCUGCUAGUGACUGCACUAGCCAUCACUUUGUUGUGGGUUUUAUGCAAAUUAUGGAGAGACAAGUGGCUGAUACUUGGGCUCUCUCUGAAGAUCUUUGCUCCCUACUGGCAUCUGGCCUGCAUAACUUUGAUGAUUAUCCUUUCAUGGCCUGUGUCCUACUACUUGGUCCAGUUGGAAGGAGAAGCUAGAUACAGAAGAUGCAUGAUGCCAUAUUAUGAGAGAGAAAAAACCAAGAGAUGUCAUAUACUCACAAGGUUGAAAGCUCUACAAAUAGUUGUUGGACUGCCUUUUGUUAUUGUCCUUUUGUUUCUCUACAUGAUGCCACUGGGGAUUCAUUCUCCCUGCAUCCAAGAUAAGGAGAAUUUAGGGCCCAAGCCGACCUUCUUUGGACAUAGAGGUGCCCCCAUGUUCGGGCCUGAGAAUACCAUGAUGUCUUUUGAGAAAGCUGUUGAACAUGGAGCCCAUGGGCUAGAGUCUGACGUACGUAUAAGUUACGAUAGUGUGCCUUUCCUCCUGCACGACCAUGACUUCAAGCGAACAACUGAUAUCAGGGAGGUGAUACCCAGUGCUGCCCUCAACAGAAGUGAAUUCUUCACCUGGGAUUUCAUAUCGACUCUGAAUGCAGGCAUAUGGUUUUUGAAGGUAAUAGAACCGUGGGUAAGACAGAGUCCUCAGCUCAACAAACCUGCUCCGAAUCUCUCUGACAAACCAUUUUAUCGUAUGGAACCCCUAUCAGAGGCUGAUAAUGAAAAAGCAAGAAAUCAGAAAAUCCCCAAAUUACGUGAUUUAUUGGAUCUCGCACAGAAGGAAAAAAAAUACGUGAUAUUUGAUCUUACAACCCCUCCACCAAAACAUCCUCACAGAAAUACAUUUGUCCGACUGGUAGUAAGCGUGAUCCUUGACUCUAAAAUUGAGCCACAUCUGAUUUUUUGGUUGCCAAAUUUUGACAGGGACUACGUCAGGUAUAUGGCUCCUGGUUUUCAGCAAGUGGGCCGGUUAUACCCCCUUGACCAACUUUCAAAGGAAAACAUAAGAAUAAUAAAUGUUGACUACAAGGAGUUGUUCUACAACGGCUUGAGAGAUUAUAAAGCCGCUAACAUCACCAUCAACUUAUAUGUCGUCAAUAAGCCUUGGCUCUUCUCACUGGCCUGGUGCUCCAGAAUUCAUUCAGUCACCACAGACAACAUUAAGCUCCUGAGUGAGAUUGAUCACCCUCACUUCUUCAUGGUGAGCUGGUUGCCCAUAUUGUUCUUCCAAGCCUGGUACCAUAGGGAUCUAUGUCCUCCCACCUCACCCUACAUUUCCCACUGUGCAGUCUACUAG